AUGACAUGUGGCAGUAACAGACAGUCUCCCAUUAACAUCUUGACUAAGAAAGCAAAGCCAGAGUGCACACUCCCCCUAGUCAGGUUCACCGGCUACAGGAAGGCCUUCACCAGCACCUUAAAGAGUAACAGUCACACUGUUACGGUAGAGAUGCCUCGCAGGGCCAUGCUGAGUGGUGAUCUCCCACAUGUCUACAAGGCGGUCCAGCUGCACUUCCGCUGGGGCAACAACGGAGGCCCUGGGUCUGAGCACACGGUGGAAAGAGAGCAGUACCCCACAGAGAUGCACAUAAUCCAUAUGAAGAAAGAAUACGUCAAGAUGAGGCCCUUCCUGACCCGAGCAGAUUGGCUUGUAGACUUGGAGUCACUCAUUGGUGAACUGAGACUUGACUUGCCCCUGACAAAACAGGACUCGGAUGUCACUGAAUUCUUUCCCCCUGAUCCAUAUACUAAGACAAAGGUAUCUGGUACCUUCCUCAUCAAUCUCAUUCUGUCUGAGAGUGACCUGGUGAGCUAUUACUAUUAUAAAGACUCCAGACUGCUCUGA